AUGCCUCACGAGGUCCUGGUUGGGGGCUCUUGCUUCACGCCCAUCAGUGCACAAGAACUCCUUGACCGAGUCAACAAGAAGAGUCCCAGUGCCCAGGUCAAGCAGAUCGAGGGCCACUGGCUCUACUACAUCGACUUGAAGACCACCGACAAGGGCGUGCUCGAGCAGGUCAAACAGCUUCUUCAGAUUACUGACUCUCAAUCAGUUGCUGACGCUGAGAACACGACCUCCUCAACCGAUAUCUAUGUUACGCCCCGCCAUAUCUCGCCAUGGAGUUCGAAAGCCACAAGCAUCGCCGAUGUCUGUGGCUUGCAGGGACAAGUCCACAGACUCGAGCGGGGACGACGCAUCACGAUUGAGUUCGAGCAGCCGCAGGACGGUCAGAAAGACCUUUCGUUCCGAGACGUAUUCUACGACCGUAUGACCGAGACAAUCAGCUACGAGCAACCGAGCCUUGACAAGAUGUUCGACGAAGGCUCCUCGGCACCGCUUGACGUUGUCGACAUCUUCGCCAGCCAACAGGAUCCCAUCACUGUCCUCCAGGAUUAUAACAAGAAGAUGGGUCUGGGCCUCGAUCAGUCUGAGAUGCAGUAUCUUGUGGAGGAGUUCACUAAGAUUGGCCGACCUCCUCAUGAUGUUGAAUUGUUCAUGUUUGCUCAGGUCAACUCUGAGCACUGUCGACACAAGGUCUUCAAUGCGGCAUGGACCAUUGAUGGGGUGCGCAAGGACAAGAGCCUGUUCGAGAUGAUCAAGAAUACCCACGCAAAGACACCCGACUUCACUGUUUCUGCCUAUAGCGACAAUGCCGCCGUGUUUCAGGGAGAGAUUGCCAGCUUCUGGGCGCCGGAUUAUUCUACUGGCUCAUGGAAGUUGACCCCUGAGGUGAUGCACAUUCUGGGCAAAGUAGAGACCCACAACCACCCCACGGCUAUAUCACCAUUCCCCGGUGCCGCGACCGGUGCCGGCGGAGAGAUUCGAGAUGAAGGUGCGGUGGGCAGAGGUUCAGUGACUAAAGGUGGUCUGUGUGGCUUCUGGGUAUCAGACCUGCUUAUCCCAGACAAUGUCGCUCCUUGGGAGCUAGAUAUCGGUCGCCCGUAUCAUUACGCAAGCAGUCUUGAUAUCAUGCUCGAGGCCCCUAUUGGCAGUGCUCGCUUCAACAACGAAUUUGGACGCCCAAGCUUGACGGGUGUUUUCAGAACCCUCCUUACACCCGAGCCCAGUGAUGCAACGAACGAGUGGCGUGGUUAUCACAAGCCAAUCAUGAUUGCUGGAGGAGUCGGCACUGUCAGACCACAGCAUGCGCUCAAAGAAGAGAGAUUCGUUCGUGAAGGCGCACAUGUAAUCGUCCUUGGUGGCCCAGCUAUGCUGAUUGGCCUGGGUGGUGGUGCGGCCUCCAGCAAUGCCUCCGAAGAAGGCAAUGCCGAGUUAGACUUCAACAGUGUUCAGCGUGGAAACCCCGAGCAGGAACGACGAGCUCAAAUGGUUAUCAACACUUGCGUGGCUCUGGGUGAUCAGAAUCCUAUUGCUAUGAUUCACGACGUUGGUGCCGGCGGUCUGUCCAACGCUUUACCCGAGCUGGUGAAGGACGCUGGCUUUGGUGGUCGUUUUGAGCUCCGACAAGUUGAGAGCGCAGACCGCGCAAUGAGCCCCUUGCAGAUAUGGUGCAACGAAGCACAGGAACGAUAUGUGCUUCUCAUUAACAGCGAAGGUAUGAAUCGUUUCUCGAGCAUUUGCCGAAGGGAGCGUUGUGGGUUUUCAGACGUCGGAACUGUUGUCUCUAGAGACGCAGAUGGCGUUUCCAAGCUCGUCGUCACCGAUAGAGAAUCUAGGGAUUAUCCCCGUCCCAUCGACCUGCCGAUGGAGGCGCUGUUCCCACCGAAACGCCGUCAAGAACGAAACGUAACUUCGAAGAAGCCAAAAUUAGCCACCUUUGAGAUUAUUCCCAGUCUCAAGAAGGCGUUUGGCGAUGGUGUUGGCGAUGCUGAGCUAUUCAAGAAGGCCGUGGAGCGGGUCUUCCUCAUGCCGGCUGUUGGUUCCAAAUCUUUUCUGAUUACCAUUGGCGACCGUACUGUUGGUGGACUCACUGUUCGUGAUCAAAUGGUUGGACCGUGGCAGACACCAGUUGCGGAUGUUGCUGUCACAGCGACAUCUUUCCAUAUUGGCGGCAAGAUCAAGACUGGAGAGGCUAUGGCAAUGGGUGAGAAGCCGACGCUUGCACUCAUCAACCCCGCAGCUUCAGCGAGAAUGGCAGUUGCGGAGAGUUUAUUGAAUCUCGGCGCAGCGGAUAUUUUGGGUGACUUGCGAAGAGUCAAGCUAUCGGCCAACUGGAUGGCGGCUGUUAGUCAUCCUGGCGAAGGAGCGGCUCUUUACGAGGCAGUUGAGGCGAUCGGCAUGGAAAUGUGCCCUGAACUUGGAGUCAGUAUCCCUGUUGGCAAGGACUCUACUUCCAUGAAGGCGUCAUGGAAAGAUGGAAGUGAUACCAAGAGCGUCACAGCCCCGGUUUCUGUAGUUAUCUCAGCAUUCGCUGUGGUUGAAAACAUCAGGAGCACUUGGACACCGCAACUCCGACGGGUUGAAGAUGUUGGAGAGACAGUACUCAUGUUCGUCGAUCUAGCUGAGGGCCGGAAAGCCAUGGGCGGCUCUGCCUUCGCGCAGUCACUUGGUACCAUUGGGCAUGAUGCGCCUGACAUGAAGAACUUCAACCUUAUAACCGACUAUUUUGAUGCGCUGAAUCAGCUGCACAAGAGUGGUGUUGUACUGGCCUACCACGAUCGGUCUGAUGGUGGCUUGAUCACCACAGUGGCUGAGAUGAUGUUUGCUGGUCGAUGUGGCGUUGACCUCAUGGUUGACGGAAUCGCCAAAACAAACAGUCUUGAGGAUAUCACAGCCGCGCUCUUCAACGAAGAGCUCGGUGCGGUCUUCCAGGUUCGAGCUUCAGAUGAGAUCAACUUCAAGAGAUGUUUCGCAACCUGUGGACCACCACCUGGAUUGAUCAAGAAGUUUGGUGUGGUUAAACCAAAGACAAAACAAACACUCACAAUUCGAUAUGGCGCAUUGCCAUUCGUUAGCCUUGAUAGGACCGAGAUGCAACAAUGGUGGACAAAGACCUCGUUUGAGAUGCAGAAGAUAAGAGACAACCAUCUAUGUGCUGAGAGCGAGUAUAGUACUAUUGCAGACUCGAACGACCCUGGUCUCUCAUAUAGGCUUAGCUUCUCCCCAUCCGAAAAUAUCCUACCCCUGACAGCGUCUAUCACUGGUCUCUUCGGCAAGAACCCCCGAGUCGCCAUUCUUCGAGAACAAGGUGUCAACGGACAUGCUGAGAUGGCUUUCGCCUUCAAGGCUGCUGGUUUCGAAGCGGUGGAUAUCCACAUGACGGAUAUCAUCUCCGGCCGCUCGCUUGCGGACUUUGUGGGCCUGGCAGCCUGCGGUGGCUUCUCCUAUGGUGACGUCCUCGGCGCCGGCCAAGGCUGGGCUAAGUCUAUUCUUAUGCACGAGAACGCCCGGCGCGAAUUUGCUGAGUUCUUCAAGAGGCCGGAUACAUUCGCGCUUGGAGUCUGUAACGGUUGUCAAAUGCUUUCCAGGCUCAAGGAGCUCAUCCCUGGCACAGAGCACUGGCCGGAGUUUGUUGACAACACCAGCCAACAGUUCGAGGCCCGUUACAGCAUGGUGAAGAUCCAGGAUAAUCCCGCCAAGCCAUCAGUCUUCCUGCACGGGAUGAACGGAUCUGCCCUCCCCAUUGUCGUAUCUCAUGGAGAGGGGAGAGCACAAUUUGCUUCGCCCAACUCGCUACAAGAGCUUACUGCGUCUAGCUUGGUAUCGCUGCGCUAUGUUGACAACCGCCUUGGUGUCACUGAGCAGUACCCGUACAACCCGAACGGAAGCCCUGGUGGUGUUGCCGGUGUCUCUAGCAAGGAUGGGCGUGUCUUGGCUAUGAUGCCUCACCCUGAACGGACGAUCAUGGCGGAUGUGGGUAGCUACGUGCCGCCGGAGCUUGUCGAGGAGUGGGGUGAAUUCGGUCCCUGGCUGAGGAUGUUCAGGAGCGCUCGCAAGUGGGUGGCUUAG